CCACGCCCACCCAAUUACAAUAUUUGAAAUACUGAUUACCAGAUAAAGCUUGCUAUGAGCUGGUCUCACUGCUCAGUCUCUCUCUCACACACACUCACACACACUCUCAAGACUUACUACGACAAAAUGGACCAGCUACUUCAAUUCAGCACACACUUUUCAGCAGUGUUUAAGCACUUCGAAAAUAUCCGGUGUCCUCAGGUGAACAUGGAGAACGUCAGCUGGCUGUACAGAACCUGGGGCAGGAGACGAGCUCUGGAGUCCAUGGCUCUGCUCAUUAUGAACUCUCUGUGUUUUCUUCUGAUCCUGUAUAUCAUCACGCCAGAAAAAUGCGACAAAAUCACAUCACAGAAGAUGGUUCGUGAGGCCCAGCCUCUGGAGAUGACGACUCCUAGGUGUGAACAAAACGUGUCAUUCGCUAACACUGAGGAAUUUUCUACGUUUCCAAUUAUUGUCCAGGACUUCCUGUAUUACCGCCACUGCAGGUAUUUCCCAAUGUUGCUCACCGUUCCUAACAAGUGCACCAUUCCAAAGGGGUCAGGAGAACCCUUUUUUCUGCUGGCCAUCAAAAGUUCACCGGAGAACUACGAACGGCGGGCAGUCUUGCGCAAAACAUGGGCGGCGGAGAGACUACAGAACGGGAUGUGGAUCCGCACCGUGUUCCUGACCGGCACCACCGGCACAGGCUUCAAGAAACAAAGGGUAAACAAACUCCUGGAGCUGGAGAACACGAGGUACCAGGACAUCCUGCAGUGGGACUUUGCGGAUUCCUUCUAUAACCUCACGCUCAAGCAGGUCCUGUUCCUGGACUGGAUGCAGAACUGGUGUCCCACUGCAGAUUUCCUCUUUAAUGGAGAUGAUGACAUUUUCGCCAACACGGACAACAUGGUGGAUUUUCUCAAAGGGCAAAGAGAUAACGAUGGAAGCAAACACCUGUACAUCGGCCAGCUGCUCCUGGACAGCACACCUAUUCGGGACAACACCAGUAAAUAUUUCAUCCCGGAACUGAUUGAGAAAGCCGAAGUGUACGCUCCGUACUGCAGUGGAGGUGGCUACCUGUACUCCCGCUUCACUGCCAGGACCAUUCUCCAGAUGUCCCAGUCCAUCACCCUGAUGCCCAUUGACGACGUUUACAUGGGCAUGUGUCUGCAACGAGCCGGACUCCGACCCAUGGAUCACCAGGGAGUCUGGGCCGACGGCCUCAUUAUUCCUUCUGACAAACUGGACAUUUAUGAUCCCUGCCAUUACCGUGAGAUUAUUCUCGGCCACAAAUUCUUCCCUCAUCAGAUUUUCCUUCUCUGGAAUGAAAUACAUCGGAAAGAUUUAAAUUGCGCAAAGAAAGAUGUUAAUCUGUAACGAUUAACUGUGCACAAACGACUGAACUUUUGCCCACUUUAUUUAUUGUACAUUUUGAUAUGCUGAGAGAGUUUAUUCUGAGCAGCACCGGUUGUUCAGGUUUGUGCAUCACUGAAAUAAUAUGAAGAGCUGGAAUCUUUAAAUGGUAAUAUACAGCACGAAGAAUUUCACUUGUCCUUAUUUCCUUUUGUUUCCUCACUGUACCUUGUCGGGUAACUGCCCCCUCGGACUGUAUAAUUUUGUAUUAUUAUACCGUCUUAAUGGAACGAUUAAAGGUUAUGGAAUAUUUACGUUUACUGCAGUUGUGGGGAAAAGUUUUAUAAAGGAUUUUUAACCUAACGUGAUCUUCAUCUGAGUUAUAAUAAUAAAUAAAUACUUAUUUAUUUGCCAGAAAGAAGCAUUAGUCUUAUUUAACAAACAACACAUUCAACAUUUUGAGUAUUUUGUGUUAACAAGAAUAAAGUCACUGUAGCCAGGUUAUAAACGACUGUCUGGAUUCUGGAUCAGUCUCGAUAAAUAAAUCAGAUCAAAUAUAGCUGUCACCCAAUUCAAAAAUAUGCAUAUAGUGGAAUAAAUACUGUAUAAUG